CUUACACCGCAGCUCGUUUUAUUCACUGGUAAAUUUAAAAAAUAGUUCGAAACCGUAACUGCCAUCGUCACCGCCAAUAUUCAAAACUGUCGCGAAUCAAAAUAGAUUUCAGUUAUCUGAAACCGAUUUACAGUUUAAACAUUAUUUUACUGAAAACCUUUCGUAAACAUAUGGUGGUGCUAUCUCGUAUAGUAUCGCCAUCAUUAUCCAGAGCAAGAUCUGGCAGUUGUAAAAAGCUCAUAGAGCCAUUUAUUGGCCCUGCUACAAGGUGCAUGAGUUCUUUAAAAUACCAGGGUUUUAGUUUUCGGACAUCAAAAUACUGCUGCAACCGACACAGGAAAUCGCAACCAUUCAGGGAAACGUGACGGGUUACACUUAAUAUAGGAACAAUACAGUUGCAACCAUGGGUAGCUUAAACGUAAAUCGGAAUGUCAGUGAUGCAUUCUAUCGAUAUAAAAUGCCUAGACUUAUGGCUAAAGUUGAAGGCAAGGGUAAUGGCAUCAAAACCGUGAUUGUCAACAUGGCUGAAGUGGCUAAAGCUAUUGGAAGACCAGCUACAUAUCCAACUAAGUUCUUUGGCUGUGAACUAGGUGCGCAAACUCAAUUUGACUUUAAACAUGAUAGAUUUAUAGUAAACGGAGCUCAUGAUGCUGGCAAACUUCAAGAUCUUUUGGAUGGUUUUAUUCGAAAGUAUGUGUUAUGUCCAGAGUGUGAUAAUCCAGAAACUGAAUUGAUGAUCAGUACUAGAAAGGGAACAAUACAUCAGGGUUGUAAAGCUUGUGGUUAUUAUGGUUCUUUAGAAUCCAAUCAUAAACUAAAUGCUUACAUUUUGAAGAAUCCACCAAAUUUAAAUCCAGCGGCUCAAGGAUCAUCAUUAACUGAAGGAAAACGUAAUAAGCGUUCUAAGAAACAUGGCGGCGAAAACGGUGAAGGAGGCAGGUCUAGUUCUCCAGAAGACAAUAAUUCAGAAUUGAUAGUUCAAGCUCCAGAAAAAUUAGCUGAAGAUGAUGGUAAUGAUAAAUGGGCUGUUGAUGUUUCUGAAGCGGCAGUUAGAGCUCGUAUGCAAGAUUUAACUGAUGGAGCUAAAGGAUUAACCAUUGACGAAGAUACAGAUAAGACUGAAAAAGAAAGAAUGGAUAUAUUUUACAACAAGGUUCAAAAAGCACGAGAUUCUGGUUUAAUUUCAGAGUCAAUUACAAUCAAAGAAAUUGUGGCUGAAGCUGAGCGUUUAGAAGUGAAGAGUAAAGCUACAUUAGUAUUGGCUGAACUAUUAUUUGAUGAUAAAAUCCAUUUGCAGUUGAAAAAACAUCGUGUCUUGUUCUUACGUUUUUGUCAUGAGGAUCAAAAGGCUCAAAGAUAUUUAUUGGGUGGGAUAGAACAAGUGAUUGGACUCCAUAAAAGUAGUUUGUUACCAAAAGUUUCUGCUAUAUUGAAGUUAUUUUACGAUGCCGAUAUUUUGGAAGAAUCUAUAUUAUUAGACUGGGCUAGUAAGAUCAGCAAGAAAUAUGUCUCUAAAGAACUUAGCCAGGAAAUACAUAACAAUGCUAAUCAAUUUAUUACUUGGUUACGUGAAGCUGAAGAAGAAGAAGAAAGUGGAGAGGAAAGCGAUGAUGAUGUUGAGAUUGAAUAUAAUGACCGUGUGCAUACUAGCACAUUAAAAGCAAAACCCGCACCACCAGUUGCUGCCAAAUCCAAUGUUGAUGAUAAUGAAGAUGAUGUUGAUAUUGAUGCCAUCUAAUUAUCUUAGUAGACAGAACAUCUAAAUUUUAAUUUUCAGAUAAAAUUAGUUUACAAUAUUAUACCUGUAAUCAAAUAUACAUUUAAAAACCAA